UCGCAUUCACACGUGCAUACGUGCACGUAUGGCUACAUGUACAUAUGUAGGUAUGCGUCGAGUUCACGUAGCUGCUGAGUCUCUCUCUUUCCCAAUAGUUGCCUUUUCUUUGACGUGUCUCAGUUCUUUCACCCUAUCUAUUUGUGUUUGGUCAGGGCCAACUAGAUUGGUGGGUUGUGUUGACCAGGUUGUGUCACUCCCCCUCUCCCGUGCGCGGGUUGCGUUUGUUCUUGGAGAUAGUGGGCAUAGAAAGGCAGUCACCUACGACACGUACUUCUUCCUCUACCCCACCUACUCGAGUCUCUCAUGUCGCCCAGCAUGGCCGCUUCCAAGUCAGCCAAGUCAUCGAAGUCUCCUUCGUGCAAGAAUAUGAUCGAGUUCCUGAAGGCUAUCAAAGGCAUGCCGGCAUCUUACCGGCAGCAUUUCGACGCCAUUUCGCGAGGCACGCUCGAAAAGGUCACCAAUGCGAACGCAAUUGGAGUCUGGGAGGUUAGCGAUGACUUGGACGGAUUGUUUCAGCUCAUGGAAGUUUUCUUCAAGUUAAAAGGUGCCGCAGCCUCGAAAGACGAGAAAGGUUGGGGUUCCACGACCAAGAGUAAGAGCAGGAAGGCGAUGCCGAAAAUGGUGAUCAUAUCGCAGGAAAAGAAAGAGCGGAAUGCGUAUGGGAGGAUUGUCGAGUCUAUGCAGCACUGGACAGAGCAGAAAGGAGACAAGCAUCUCAAUGGAUCAGUCGCCGCUUUCGAGUCCGUAAUUGUCGUUCGAGGUGUGAGUUGCGAUAGGAAAGAGACGGAGAACAAGAUGAAAGAGGCGGUACAAAGAAUCGAUAUCGCCAUCGAGCAAGUCAUCAAAAUGACCUCUAAACGGUCCUCCUCCAAGAUAAUCUGGCAUCAUGGCCCGGUACUUUCUCUUCUUCUGACCUGGAUUAACUUCACAUCCGCAUCCCACCGUAACGCUCUGAGCUCCAUCACUCUCGCUGCGCCUCUUAUUUUCACAUCGGGCGCCAAACCCUCUCCACACGGCCGACAGAACACCCCAAAGGACUUCACCCGUCUCUCCGAGUACGCCACGAAACUCUCCAUUCCUGUCCUCCUUCUAGAUCCGAUCACCCAGCUUUUGGACUCACCCUUCCCUUCCAUCUACAUGGUCUAUCUUGGCUUCUACAUCACACUCUUCCUUCCACCAUCGGUAAAUAUUCCCCAUUAUCACACCGCCCUUGAUGCCCUCGUAACCUUUGCCUUUGCCCUCCGUGCCCAAUUCGAACGCAAGCACGGCAACGCCGUCGUCUCAAAAGUCAAAUCGCACCUCAACGGCGAGCGGUCCCAGCGCUGGGCCAAAACGUGCAUCGAUCCAUCUUCGUACAAACUCUCCCCCAACAGAACCGCUUCAUUCCCCACCUCCGAAUCAUCCCUCAACAUGGCAAUCGCGCUAGCAGAUUGCCCUUGGGCCCCCUUCGCUUCCAACGAAUCCGCUUCGUCCUCCCCUUUACCGGCUUUCGCCCGCGUCCCCAUCUCGCCGGCAUCAACCGCUGAUGCCGUCGCGGACAUCUACGUAGCAGCUCCCAUCGCCUUUGAUUUCUCCGAAAACACAUUCUGCGUCAGCCCCACGACGCCAUUCCGCGUGCUGGUGCCCCGUCCGGGCAUCGAGAUUCGCCAAGCGACGGGCGCUGUACAGAAGAGUAUGUCAGAAGCUCUGCAGCGGGUUCGCGAGACCAAGCGUUUGCCCAAGAUUGGGGACUUGGAGGCUAAGAUGUGGAACGAUGCUGUCGGAGCAAUUUCGUGGGCCUUGGGGAAGGAAUGCGUCAUGGGAUUAGAGAAGGGAGUGAAGGAGAAGGUGGAGUGUUUUGGGCGUGGGUUAGUAGUUAGUGGGUGUUGGGGUGCCUGUGUUAAUGGGCUCGAGGCGGGAAAGAAAGAAAAUGAAGCUGGUUGGAGCAGUUGA